GCGGAUGUGCUCGGCUCACUGUUAGCUUGUUUGUAUUGAAGCAGCUGCCAGAGCCGUUGUGUUGACCUCACGACUCUGGUCGACUCAUUUACCUCCGGCUUGUGGACCGGUGGCUUCGGCGGUUCUGUCUGCGGCCUCUUUGGUCGGUUCUGACCUGCAGGAUGGUGCUCACCACGUCCCAACAGGUCGCGCUGGCGUUCACCGUGGUUCUGUUCACGUUCGUCGUCCUGCCCAGAAUGUUCGGGGUCGGUGUCGGCAGUGGGACGAAGGAGACCAGAUACGACUCCCGAUUCAGCAAAAAAGGUCCUGGUCCAGGUGGGGUCAGAAGCCAGCCAGUCAAGAUGAACGCCCCUGGCUCUCCACAGACCCCGGAGAACCUGCAGCAGAUGAAGAAACUGAUGGAGCAAGAGAUGAAGAGUGACAAGUUCAAAUCCAACAGCAACAAGGGCUACGUCUUCACACUCAUGCCGCUCUACGCUAUCGGAGUGGGAGUGUUCGCCGCGUACAAGUUCUUAAAGAUCAAGUCCGCUGACGACCAGGCGCAGAAGGAUAAGUUUGCAAAAGGAGCCAAAAAGUCAGCCGAGGCAGAGAACCAGCUAAAUGAACUGGAACAAAGGCUGGCGCAGACCGAACGGAUGCUCAACUCUAUUCUCACGCAGCUGGACCCGCUCACCAACUGUGUGAAGUCGGUGGCUCAGGAGCAGAAGAACGAGAUCAUGAGUCAGCUCCAGACCAUCCGCUACCUGAUGAAGAAGAGAGGGAUGGACUGUCCGCCGCUCAACAUCAACGAAGCUUCGUGUGAACGUAAUCUGGACGACUUGAUCGAGUCCCUUGGGGCCAGCGACUCUGCAGCAGCCAGUGAAACUCCUCAGGUAGACUCUCAGGUCUCUGAAGGGAACUUGUCUGCUGGAGAACAUAUCCAUCAGGAAACAGAGCAGCCGGAAACUACAGAUGAAGACAUGAAGGAACUCGUCCCGGAGCACUCCAAGGUUGAAGCGUUAGAAGAAGAAGAAGAAGAAGAGGAGGAGGAGGAGGGAGAGGACGGACCUGAGGAUGUGAUGCCAUUAUUGGAGGACACAAACGUGGAGGAGGUGGGAGCAGAGGAGCCAACCUCAGGCCUGAGGCGGCGCGUUAGGCCUGAAUGAACUGGCUGCUUGCACUGUACAGAUGUGAUAAAAAAUAUUUAUUAUUUUUAAUACCAAUCCUGCUUCACCUCCACACGACCUUCUGAACCUGCUCACCUGGGUUCUGUUACAGAGCAUAUUUAUGUGUUUUACCAAGUCAUAACUUAUAGUUUUCUUUAUGAAAUCUCACAGAAUCACUACAUUUGAUCAGACUGUUCCUUAGAGACGAGGUGAGAACCCCGGUCGUCCGGGAGAGACUCGAAGCCGUGAAGCUAAUCCUCCGCAUCAGGAGCAGCCAGUUGAAGUGGCACAGCCAUCUUGUCAACAAGUCUCCUAAUUUACCAAAUGUUAGGAGAGAAAAAGUGUCUUGAAUUUAUAGUCAAGAGCUUAGACCCUUCACAGGAUUCUGAGAUGUUUCAGUGGAGAUCUAAUGGAGAUGUAACACGCCUCUAACUGAGCACAGAGAAGCCAGUGGUCAUUCCCCCUGUAUCUGUGAUGGUAACUACAGUGAAACUGGAGACUUUGUAUUCUGGCUCAGACCUCCACCUCUGAUCAGUGGCAGAAAAUGGAUUGAUUUUCUAUUUAUUACUUAUUUUAGCUUUGAGCAUGUUGCCCGGUCAUGAUCUUUGUGCUUUCCCUUUUUCUGAGGAAUUCAGUUUAUAUUUGAACAAUAUAAACUGCGAUGUAUCCUCUGAAUAUGAAAAAAACAAAACGUUUUCAAAUCGGCUUCCAUCAUCUUUAACUCGCAGAUGAAUGUCUUGGAUGGAUUCUUAAAGGUUUUAUAUGAUGGGAUUACAGCUACAUUCACAACCAAAGUGCAUGUUUUUGAAGAUUUAUUAUUAUUAUUAUUAUUUUUUUAAUAUCUCUGUUGCAUUGUGAAGUCGUUCAUGGAAGUGUAAACCCAUAUCAAAGCACAUGAAAACAGAAAUAAAGUCACUAAUAUGCAAUUCCAUGACCUGGAAACAAAUCUGUGCUCAACUGCGCCGUGUACUAUGAUUGACUUGAAAAAAUUCCUCAAGUGACACGGAAUUCAAUUUCAAUGUGCUUGCACUCAUACCAUGCUACGCUAAUGACCGGUGCUGGAAU